AUGCCCUCGGUGGCUCCUGCGGAGGAGUCACUAGUAGCGGUAUACGGAGCCUCCCUGGAGCCACGGCGUUUCAAAAUCUCCGUGUGGAGGAUUCUAACCACUGUACGACCAAGGCUUCGCAGAAGGAUUUCGAUGCACUUCAUGUUUGAUAUAUUUCACACACAAACUUUGGAAAUUGAAGAUAAGCUUGAAGAACUUGAAAUGCACUUGAAGGAGAUAGGAAUUUCGGAAGUAAGAAGAAUGGGCGAAGAUAUCAUUGAAAAGUGCAGCCUCUGUAAUAAAAUUAAAGCAAAGAAACAGAAACAGAAGAAAAUUAGAAAUUCUACCGAAAUUCUUACAGACGAAAGAGAGAAAGCAAUUCAUAACACAGUAGAAUAUAGAGCUAAAGAUAAAAUUGUAAAAAGACCUAUUCGUAAAGAUAUUCGAAACUAUAAUCUUAAUCUAUUUACUUCCACACUAGAUAAUUCAACGUCAUUGAAAAGAGCUAAACAAGGUAUAGAAGUAGGAAAAUCAGCAAUUUUAAGCCUAAAAGACGAUCAUGGUAUAAGACACGGCGAUAGACACAAAAUAUUACAAAUAUGUACCGAAUAUUAA